AUGAGCCGCCAGACGCCAAGGAGGAGUCGGCAUCAGCAGAACCCAAGCGGGGGUGGCGGACGCCGGGGGCAGCAAGGGGCAGCAGUGGCGGGGCCAGACUAUGAGACAGGCUACGAGCACAGCGGCAAUGGCAACGGCAGCCGCAGCUACACGGACACGAACGGGACGGGACAGAACGAUGCAGACGGGCAGACGACGAUGCUGACGGAGCAGCUGACGGGCAUGAACCUGCAGGCGCUGCAGCAGUACGAGCCCAGCAUACGGUCGAUCCUGUCGGUGGCGGCAAGCACGGUGGUGUACGUGCUGAACUACGAGACGGGUGGCUGGGAGAAGCCGGAGCCGCAGGUGGAGGGCACGCUGUUCCUGUGCGAGCAGGAGCCGCUGGUGGUGGGCAGCUUUACGCUGCCGCGUGCAUGCGUGUUUGUGCUGAACCGCAAGGGCCUGUCGAACGUGGUGGUGGACCUGGCUCGGGUCAGCGAGGCCGAGGUGACGGCAGAUCUGAUCACGCUGCGAGUCGACUGUGGUGGCAGUGAUGCGCGGACGCUCGACGAGAAGCCGAUGCCGCCCGUGCUCGGGUUUUGGAUCCACGGCGGCACCACCAACACGGCGAGCACGUUCAACCCCGACGUUGUGCUGCAGUGCUGGCAUGCCAUCCGGGCAACGCUGGAGCUUGCUCUGGGAACGGCAGAGACGGUGGAGACAGCGCCGGUCCUAGACGCGGCAGAGCAUGCGGCAGCUCUGGAGAUGACAGCAGCAGGCGAAGAUCCAAUGGGGAAGGCCACGCGGGCUAUGGGACGGCGGCCGGACAUUUACGAGCUCGUCGCCACGGCGCAAGGGUCGAGCGGCGGCGGGCAAACUGCUGCGGGCGCGUAA